AUGGGAAACGCAACAUAAAAAUUAAAUAGAAAAUUUGAUGCAUUGCUUAAAAAGGCUUACAGUUAUAUAUUCAGAGAGGAAGAAGAGGUGAGUGAAAUUUCUGAUGAAGCAUCGUCGGAUGAAUUGAAUAACAAUGUUUAGGACUUAUAAUAAGAUAAUGAGCCAAAAGAUUAGUAAGACGCCAAUCCAGAUCAGGAGAUGGAUGAAAACGUAAGUACCCAUUCGUAUUAAAUGGAAUCUAUAAUUCACACUGCGAUUACGAAGGAAGAACUCUUAUAGGAUAAGCGUAAAGCUUCAUUUCUGCUUCAAUCUGAAUUUGACGCCAAAAAAGUGUGUCUAAAUAUGGAAAACAAAAACGAAUGA